ACUAAGCUGAUUAGAGAAAAAAAAAAAACAAAAUAUGAAUUAAGGAAAAUUAUUUAUAUACAAAAUUGGUCGACGAAUUGAAGGAGACACCUCUAGCGGGCUAGCUGCAGAUGUCCAAUGAGCAAAAGCUGGCAAGCUUUAUGAAAAAAUAUGAUGUACAAGAGUCGGUAGCACGUCACUAUCUGACAACGAACAACUGGGCCCUGGACGAGGCGAGCAUCAAAUAUGAAAGUGACAAGGCCACGCAGCGCAGCAGCCAAGCGAUACCCGUACACGAGCUCCAAUCUAUGCAGAGCCUACUGAGUCAUACGCGCCCCACCGAUGACGCAGAAGCAUACUUUGCCGGUGCAUCCGAUAGUUCGAUGCCACCACCGAAUGGCAACCAGCAGUCGAGGCGAGUGAUCAUCGAUGACUCGACGCCGGCGCUGACUACAGCUGACAGCGAUCGCAGUUUGCGCGCCUGGGGCCAUGGCGUUCGCUUGGGCAGCGCUCAUCCCAUCAUUCCACCGCCAGUACGCCGCAGUCAUGCCAGCCUAGACUCGGACUCAGAAUCGGAGCUGGAGCAGCAUGAGCGAACUAUUGUGGUAUUGCAUCUCUGGUCCGAGGGUUUCUCGCUGGACAAUGGCAUGCUUCGGCGCUACGAGGUACCCGAGAACGAGCGCUUCCUGCGCGCCAUUAUGCGCGGCGACUUCCCGGACGAGAUGCAAGUGCUGGGCCGACGCAUCGAGCUGACUGUGCGGGACCGCACCAACGAAUCAUAUCGCGAGCUGUCCCGCAAACAGUUCAUGGGCUUCGGGCGACCACUGGCUAGUCCGACGCCAGACAUAGAUCUGACCGCACGCCCCAGUGAGCUGCUAUCGUCAGAGGAGCGCCAACAGCUCCAAGAACAGGUCGCCCAGCACACGUUACAGCUGAACGGCCAGACUGCCAUGACCACAAUACAGUUUCGUCUGGCCAAUGGCAACCGCAUCGCCGCACAUUUUAACACCUCCCACAACGUGGGAGAUCUCUAUAGAUACCUACGCGUAGCGCGACCCCAAUAUGCCACCGACAGCUUUCUACUCAUUACCGGGUUCCCACGGCACGACCUGCACGAGACCGAUCAGCGCACCCUGGCCGAGGCUAAUCUGCUAAAUGUGUUGAUCAUCCAGCAUAUGAAUGAUGAGCCCGAACACGUUGAACCAUCGUCUGAAUCAAAUUAAAUCAGUGAUUACGCCAUAA